AUGAAUUUUUCAAGGUAUAGCAAAGAGUAUAUUGAUGGCAUUGAAUCAUUUCUACAUUUUGCUUACUCUUAUGGAGAUCCUCAUGGAGAGAAAAUUCAGUGUCCAUGUGCGAAAUGUCGUAAUAUUCUUUGGAACCGAAGGAAUGUAGUGUAUGAUCAUCUAAUAUGCCAUGGAUUCGUUAAAGGCUAUACUAGAUGGAUCAAUCACGGGGAAUGGGAUAUCAAGUUGAAUGUUGAUGAUGAUAUGGAUUACUCGUGUGAUGAUAUUGAUGGGUUGUUGAAUGAUCAAUUUAGAGAUGUUGCACAGGCUGGAGGAGUUUAUGAUGGUCCAAAUGAAGAUGCCAAGAAGUUCUAUAGCUUACUUGAAGAGACUCAAAAGGCUAUUAUGUGCUCAAAGACGGCAGAUUCUUUGAGGUGGCAUGAAGAGGAACGUUCUAAAGAUGGAAAGUUAAGGCAUCCCGCUGAUGGUCUAGCAUGGAAAGACUUUGAUAGGGUGAAUCAAGAUUUCGCACAAGAUUGUCGCAAUGUGAGACUUGGCUUGUCAAGUGAUGGAUUCAAUCCAUUUCGAACCAUGAAUGAGUUAAAAUUAUUAUGGGUUUCUGGGGUUGAAACAUAUGAUGCCUCCAGAAAUGAAACUUUUCAAAUGCGGGCAGCUCUUAUGUGGACAAUAAGUGAUUUUCCUGCAUAUGCUAUGUUAUCUUGUUGGAGUACUAAAGGAAAGUUUGCUUGCCCUUGUUGUAACUAUGGCACUAAUUCUCGCUAUCUUAAACAUAGUCCGAAAAUGUGCUAUAUGGAUCAUCGUGUUUUUCUACCGAUGGAUCAUCCAUGGAGAUCAAACAAAAGAUCAUUCAAUGGAAAAAUUGAAUUUAGGCCUCCUCCAGCUCCUUUAAAGGGAAUUGAUGUUCUUAAUAGCUUACGUGAUUUUGAAAAUGUGUUUGGGAAGAAGAAAAAGAGAUCAAAUGAUGGCCCAUGGAAAAAAAGGUCAAUUUUUUUUGAAUUACCUUACUGGCAGCACAACUUGUUACAUCACAACCUUGAUGUAACGCCCAUAGAGAAGAACAUAGUUGAUAGCAUACUUGGAACUCUUUUGGAUAUUUCAGGAAAAACAAAGGAUCAUGCAAAAGCACUGUAUGAUUUGAAAGAUAUGGGUAUGGAAGAACCUUCAUCCACAAGAUACAGAAGAUAG